UUCAGAAAAUAGCCGCGUUUCUGAGAAGUUAAAACGAAAGUGAGCCGUUCUAGGGACUUUAAAAAUUGUGUUCAAUUGUGUUUCAGAUUUGUGUAAUAUUUGGAUUUUAAAGGUGACCUACAAAUCUUCCAGAGGGAAACGACGAAUUGAUAUUUUGAUCUUCAAGGAAGGUGCAUUUAAAUAUGGGUUUGAAAGACUUCAUAAUAAUUUUUCUUUUAGCAGUUAUAUAUGACCAAAACAACCGAAAAUACCCGGCGGACCUCACUCUACUCAACACGACCUAUGAUUACAUUAUAGUGGGGGCUGGAUCUGCUGGAUGUGUCCUUGCAAAUAGACUUUCGGAAGAUCCAGAAACAUCGGUACUUAUAAUAGAAGCUGGGGGUUCCGAAGACGAAAACAGUGACAUCAGACUUCCAAUCGGUGCUGUAGCUAUUCAACGGUCAAAACAGGAUUGGAGGUUCCAAACUGUACCCCAAAAGAAAGCGUGUUUGGCACUAAAUGAUAGGAGAUCCGCCUGGCCACGGGGAAGAGUCCUUGGAGGAACAAGUAGCUUGAACUAUUUGCAAUAUAUCCGCGGCAGUCGUCAUGACUACGAUGGUUGGGCACGAGAGGGGUGUACAGGAUGGAGCUAUAGAGACGUUCUCCCAUAUUUCAUUAAAUCAGAAGAUACUCAGAUUCCUGAACUUAAAACGUCAGCCUAUCAUGGAAGAAGGGGAUAUUUGUCCGUCAGUGACGGGACUGCCACGCCCCUCAAUAAGAAAGUUUAUGCCCGAGCAAUGGAGGAACUCGGAUACCCCUCCACAGAUUGUAACGGCAAAUCACAAAUAGGGUACUGUUUUGCUCAAGAAACAAUAAGGAAUGGAGAACGCUGUAGUACUGCCAAAGCCUUUCUAAGACCCGCCAUGGGACGCAAGAACCUUCACGUCUCCACGGAUUCACAUGUUACAAAGAUUAUGAUUAUAGACAGGAAAGCUGUCGGUGUAUCGUUUGUGAAAAACAACUGGAAGCACGUGAUAGUGGCAAACAAAGAAGUGAUUGUCUCGGCGGGAGCGAUCAAUUCACCCCAGAUCCUGAUGCUGUCUGGAAUAGGACCGAAGGAACAUCUAGAAUCCAAGGGGAUCCCGGUGAUUGCUGAUCUUCCAGUGGGAGAUAAUCUACAAGACCAUAUAAUGACGGAUAUGGAAUUCUAUGAUAACACGUCAGGAGCUGCUACCAUCGACAAAAUAUAUUCCUCAAAUUCUAGCAUUGAAUAUUUCUUAAAAGGGUCAGGUAUGUGGACCAAGAGCUAUCAGGAAGGAACUGCGUUUCUCACAGAUGACGAAAAGCUUCCACAACAACUUCAGAUUAAUUUCUGCAGCUUUAUGUUAACACCACAAUCCAUUGACUCUUUCUUUUUCAUUUUUAACUUGGAUCCUAAGAUGAAAGAAGGUAAGGCAAUGGAGAUUCAAAGGAAUAUAGACAGAAAUAUAGGAACAUUUGUUUUGUUACCGGUCCUUCUCCGUCCGAAGAGUAAGGGAAGAAUUGGCCUUCAGAGUGCUGAUCCUUUUGAUCCUCCUCUUAUAGAUCCAAACUACCUAGACCACCCUGAUGACGUCAAAACACUUUUGAAAGGAGUACGAGCUAUUUUAGAGCUCGGUGACACUAACGCUUUUCAGUCAAUUGGUGCCUCGUCACAGGAUCCAUUGGAAGCGUAUCAUCCACAUUGUGAUGGUUUAUCCAAGGGUUCAGACGAGUACUGGAUCUGUAGAAUAAGACAUUACACAUUCACUGUCCAUCACCCGACCUCCACUUGUCGAAUGGGAGCCAAAGAUGAUCCAACGGCUGUGGUUGAUCCUGAACUGAGAGUGAAAGGGAUUCAAAAUCUCCGUGUUGUGGAUGCGUCCGUCAUGCGCAAUGUUCCUUCUGGGAAUACGAACGCUCCAACCAUAAUGAUUGCAGAAAAAGCGGCAGACAUGAUAAGAAAUAUUGAUAGUGUAAAACAUAUCAGAGAAAAAACUGAUAAAGUGCAACUAUAGUGACGAAAGGAUAAUUCUAAUAUUUAAUCAUAAUGCGAAAAAUUCAGUCAAAGUUAUUAAUUUACUGAAACAGAAACUACAACUACAAUGUAGCACUAAUUUUAAUACAGAAAGGCGACCAAAAAAAAAAAAACUUGGCUUCUACAAAUUGAAAUAAUUGACAGAACUAUGAAAAGACGUCUGUUCUUAACAACACUCAAGUUGAGUCUGUGUAUAUAUUUAUAUAUAUAACUCUGGUCACACACACACACACACACACACACACACACACACACACACACACGCGUAAUCACCUUCAAGUUGGGUCCUCUAACUCAGCACGGGCAAAUGGGAACCCCCUUUUCUAGUUGGUAUUUUGUAAUGGUUUUUUGGCUACAUAUUGAUUUUAAUAUUACCAAAGACAUGUGCUAUUUCAAAUUUUGAUUUGACAAGUAUUUCACAAUAUGACCUAGCACCUUCAAGUGAGGACUUCCGGUACAGAUACACCCUGCCAACUUGGGACAACGAUACACACACAAUCAACUGAGGACACCAUAUACAUACUGACAACUGAAACCGUUACAGAAUAGCAAUAGCUAAUUCAUGUGUAUCAAAACAUUCUUGCAGUUUUUACAUAAAAGUGAGAAUAUUUUCCCA